CUUCCCUCCCGCCGGUUUGUCUCGGUGGUUUUGGGUCCUCCGAGGUUUCGGGAGGCUGUAGUCUUACGUUCCUGUGUAGGUUUCGAACGUUUACCGGAACCAUGUCGUCCUCCAGCGCUCUCAGCAAGCAGCCUCCGAUCCAGUCCACGGCCGGAGCCGUGCCUGUCCGCAAUGAGAAAGGUGAAAUCUCGAUGGAAAAGGUGAAGGUCAAGCGCUAUGUUUCCGGUAAAAGGCCAGACUAUGCGCCAAUGGAAUCGUCUGAUGAAGAGGAUGAAGAGUUCCAGUUUAUUAAGAAAGGGAAGGAGCAGGAUGUAGAACUGGAGGAACAGCCUGAAGAAAGCACCAGUGAUCCUCGUCUGCUCCGACUGCAGAAUCGUAUGAACGAAGAUGUGGAGGAGAGAUUGGCCAGACAUCGGAAGAUUGUGGAGCCUGAGGUGGUGGGUGAAAGCGAGUCAGAGUCUGAACCAGGUGAAGACUGGCAUGUGGAGCGGGAAGACACAAGCGAGGAGGAGGAAGAAGAGGUGGAUGAUGAGGAAAUUGAGCGGCGGCGUUCACAGAUGCGGCAAAAAGCUGCAGAGAGAAAAAAUGAAGAGAUGGAAGUGAUGGAGGUAGAAGAUGAAUGGAAAUCAGGAGCAGAGUCAGAAUCCGAGUCAGAAUAUGAGGAAUACACAGACAGUGAAGAUGAAACAGAACCAAGACUGAAACCGGUUUUUAUUAGAAAGAAGGACAGAGUAACCGUUCAGGAAAAAGAAGCUGAAGCUAUUAAGCAGAAAGAGGUUGAGGCAGAAGCCAAACGUAUGGCAGAGGAAAGACGUAAAUACACAUUGAAGAUUGUAGAAGAAGAGGCAAAGAAAGAGAUAGAAGAGAACAAGAGGUCUCUGGCUGCACUGGAUGCCCUAAACACAGACGAUGAGAAUGAUGAGGAAGAGUAUGAGGCCUGGAAAGUACGAGAACUUAAACGGAUCAAGCGUGACCGCGAAGAAAGAGAAUCGAUGGAGAAGGAGAAGGCCGAGAUUGACCGCAUGCGUAACAUGACGGAGGAGGAGCGCAGAGCAGAGCUUCGUGCCAAUGGCAAGAUAAUAACCAACAAAGCACUGAAAGGGAAAUACAAGUUCCUCCAGAAAUACUACCACAGAGGAGCUUACUUCAUGGAUGAAGAUGAGGACGUGUACAAAAGAGAUUUCAGUGCUCCUACAUUGGAGGAUCACUUCAACAAAACUAUUCUGCCUAAAGUCAUGCAGGUCAAAAACUUUGGUCGUUCUGGUCGAACAAAAUACACCCACUUGGUUGAUCAAGACACAACUUCAUUUGACUCUGCUUGGGGACAAGAGAGCGCCCAGAAUACAAAGUUCUUUAAGCAGAAAGCAGCCGGCGUAAGAGAUGUGUUUGAGAGACCAUCAGUGAAGAAGAGGAAGACUACUUAAAGGAUCACCUUCAGAUUUUUUUGUUUUUUUACUCCCAUAGACUUCC